AUGCGGAUCCGUGCCUUUGAGGCCGAUUACCCUGUGCCGGGAAAAACAUACGCAGAAGGGUAUCAGGGGUACACGUGGGUGAGACUAGACCAAUUGGUGUAUAACUUCUAUAAGUUAAGGUCGAUCAAAGCAGAUAAGGUGGGUAUGGAUGAGAUAUGGCAGGCUGCACAGCAAAGCCGGAAUCCUGCGUUUGUUGGUUUAGAUACUAGGGAAGCAGGUAAUUGGACACCGUCGGAACCGAUGGGCGGCCUUUUUCCUGAUAGUGUUUUGGGAAAGAGACUGUAUGCUAAGAAAGAACCGUUGGAAUAA